AUGCCUCGAAUUCCUACUGAAAACCAAAUCAUUAAUAUUAGCGGCGAUUAUAAGCAAUGGUUUGGAGUUUUACAGCAAAAACUAAUCGCCGCUAAAGAUGAGGACAAUCCGACGGACAAUAUAUGGCUAAUCGCUUCCGACUCAUCCCUUAAUGGGAUCAUAGGUUUAGUCAAUUGUCUCCGUUUUGAACCCGGAGGGGAUAGACUGCGGUAUAUUUUCAAUUGCGACGGCACUGGUAGUCAGACUAGCGUUGACUUUACUGUUCGUCCAUUCAGCGAUAUAUUGGCCAAGAAUUUGAUAGCGAAUGUCAUUAAUGAGGGAAAAGUGGGAACUUUUAGACACUUAAGACUUGCGGACACUUACGACAAAACACUUUCCAAUGAAUAUUAUCUCAAUUUGGGUCAAACCAGAGUUCGUGAUAUUAUGCUAGUUGAAGGUCUUCGUCCAAUUGACAGUUCACUGACUGACUGUCCCAUUGGUUUGGAGUUCUCCGGCAGGAGAAGCGAUACGGGAGAAAGGGUUAUGGGAAUGGAUGCCAGGAAUCGGUGUCUCUCGACGUCCAUUUACGCCACGGAGCCCUAUAUGACUACCAUUCCCGAGCACUGGUCUAUGGACGACGCCGUCUCUAUACUGAACGCAUACAUGACUUUGUAUUACGGACUCAUUGAAAGAGCACAAUUGCAACAGGGUGAAAGUGUUUUGAUUCAUUCGGGAGCGGGUGGUGUGGGUCAGGCGGCUAUCAAUAUUUGCCAACACUUCGGGUGCGAUAUAUACGUUACGGUCGGCACCGAAGAUAAGGUAACUUUCCUGAAGAAUGAGUGCAAUAUUCCGGAGAACAGAAUAUUCCACUCAAGAGACAUUCGCUUCAAGAAUGAGAUAAUGAAGAUGUCUGAUGGCAAAGGUGUCGAUAUUGUCAUCAACUCAUUAUCUGGUGAGGGAUUGGACGCAACUUAUGAAUGCGUAUGUGACAAUGGUCGCAUUGUAGAGAUUGGUAAAUCAGAUAUGUAUGACAAUAAGAGUCUCGGAAUGUAUUGCUUUACACGAAACGUCCAAUUAAUUGCUGUGGUAUUGGAUCUGUUACUCGUGAACGACAUUCAGUUUAUGUGCAGAUUUUACAAAUGGGUGCAGGGUAAUUGUACAAAUGGCUGCAUUAAGCCUAUCAAAGCAACUGUUUUCAAGCCUGAAGAGGUGGUUAAGGCUUUCCAUAGUAUGACAACCGGUGAACACAUCGGAAGACUAAUCAUUAAAUUCAGAGACGAAGAGACCGUCAGAACACCGCUUCUGGCGAUGAAUCGGACGAUGAAUAUGAGGACAACUGUGAAGACAUUCUUCGAUCCAAACAAAGUUUAUGUAAUAACCGGAGGUUUGGGAGGCUUUGGACUCGAGCUCAUCCAAUGGAUGCACUACAGAGGGGGUCGAAAAUUUGUGGUCACUUCCAGGUCUGGCAUUAGGACUGAUUACCAGAAGUUUAUAAUCAAUCGCUUGAAAGAUGUUUAUAAAAGUGAUAAAAAUCUUUCACUCGAUGUGUUGGUCUCGACGGCCAAUGGGAUGACUAUUGAAGGCACACAACAACUGCUAAAUAAGGCCAAAGAGUUGGGACCCAUUGGAGGGGUAUUUCAUUUGGCACUCGCUUUGUAUAACGAGUUGUUUGAGAGACAAUUGUUUGAAGACUUUUGCGCAACGGUUGACAUCAAACACAAGAUAUUCGCGCAUUUGGAUCAACUGAGCCGACAGUUGGCCUACAAAUUGGAUUAUUUUGUGGUCUUCUCGUCGGUGUCAUGUGGUAAAGGAAAUGGAGGUCAGAGUAACUAUGGGUUUGGGAACUCUCUGUGCGAAAGGAUUUGCGAUGAGAGACGUAGGGAUGGUCUGCACGGACUGGCCGUACAGUACGGACCCAUUGGGGACGUAGGAGUGAUCGGUGGUGUGGAUCAGGGCUUAGGGUUCACAUCAAUGAGGAAACAAAGGAUUCACUCGUGUUGUGAUAUUUUGGACAAAUUGCUGGCAAUGAAUACACCGAUUGUUACCUCUUAUAUUCGGGUCAAUAAGCAAACAAAAGAGGGAACUCCUCAACAAAACUUUAUUGAAAGUAUUUGGCGCGACAUGAAUAUCGACCCGAAUGUCACCCCAAAUGACACCACUUUGGCCGACAUAGGGAUGGAGUCUAUGUUUGCGGUCGUAUUGCAACAGAAGUUGGAAAAGGAGUACAAAAUGAGUUUAACUGUAAAUCUCAUCAAAUGUUUAACUGUUGGCGUAUUAAAGGAGAGUGAAAAUGCCAAAACUGACCUUGUUCAAAGUUACCUCAACUCCUUGAGACAGUCCACGGAUUUCCUAUUGAAAUAUAACUUUCAUAUCUCUAAUGAGAAAACAAUUGCAUUAAACAAAUGCCAAACCGGGAAACGAUUGUAUAUUUUGCCGCCAUUUGUGCUCAACUUCACGGCGUGGGAGGAGUGGGCCCUUCGGGCCAACCGACCGGUCAUUGGACUCAAUUGGACGCCUGAUGUGAGUCGACUGCCCUCUCUUCAAGAGGUCACCAAAUAUUAUGUCAAUCUAUUGAAACAUUUGGAGCCAAUGGAUGGCAAAUACGAAGUGAUCGGCCAUUUGGAUGGCGCCGUCAUUUGCACCCAAUUAGUGGCCAAAGGGAUGGCCGACAUAGCGGUGGCUAUCGAUGUCAUCAAUGAUAAGCAUUUUUAUGUCGACAAUAAAUUAAAUGAGGAUUUUAUGUUAAAAUUUGUGAUUAAAUCACUAUUAAAACAAAUCCCCGAUUCAUACGUCAAUAAAAUAAUAAAAGAAAUAUCGGACAUUAAGACAAAGAUUGCGAUUAUUGGCAAAGAAUUGGUUGGUUUGGGCGGAAGACGACUUGUGAUCACAGAUUUGACACACGUUUUGGAGAUAAUGUUUGCGAGAAUUGAAUGCCUUUUGGAGUAUAGACUGAACGCAACGACAAUGCAUUCAAAUGAUAUGAAAACUCAAUUAGUAGUCAUUAAACCCAUUGAACACAAUCCGACUGACGAUUCGGAGGCUGAGCACCACCACCAGGAUCAAUUGGCUGAUAAUUAUAUCUUAUCGACGAUAAUGGGUAAUAUGAGUAAUGAUGCGAACCUACGAGUGGAGAGAAUUAUAUGCGAGAAUCCAAUGGAUGUGACGAAUGAAGCGAUUGCUGAGAAAAUCACAGAAUUACUGAUCGAUUGAAUAUAAGUUAUAUAAACAUAAAUUUAAUUACAUUUGAUUUGAUAGCAAAACAU